AUGGUUACGCUCUCCACAGCACCUCAGGCUCCCCGUUCACCCAGUGGAAUCAUAAGCCCGCUCUAUCAGCCUCCCAAGUCUGGUACCGCCUGUCAUCAAUUCCUCAAUCGCGUCAACGCCAAAUAUGGUCUUUCUCUGGCUUCUUACGACUCACUUUACAGAUGGUCUACCACAUCUAUAGGUGACUUUUGGGAAACCGUCUGGGAAGAAACUCAGAUAAUCGGUCAUAUGGGGAACCAUGUUGUCGACAGGGAUGCGACACCUUCGGAUAAUCCAGUGUGGUUUGCUGAUGCUCGAUUGAAUUGGGCAGAAAAUAUGUUGCGAUGCAGAUCGCACACCCGUAUUGCCUUGAUCCAAGCCACCGAACCCAUCCAUGAUCACUUAGCUCCGCCUCUGCGGUCGUGUAGCUAUGGGGAACUAUACGAAUCAGUGAAACAUCUCGUGUCCGCAUUGCUUCUCGGCGGUUUCAAGUCUGGUGACCGGGCCGCAUCAUAUUCAUCGAAUUGUAUAGAAAAUGUAGUGGCUUGCCUGGCUACUACAGCCCUCGGUGGAAUAUGGGUCAGUGCAGCAGCUGACUUCGGUCCUGAAGGAGUUCUAGAAAGGUUUCAGCAAGUUCAACCCACGUUCAUCUUUGCUGUCGAUGCCGUUGUCUACAAUGCCAAGGUUCACGACCAUACAGGGAAAGUGACUUCCCUCCUUUCGUCUCUCAACGAUGUAUCCGCGCUCAAACCUAAAGUUAUCAUCAUUCAUACCAUCCCUAAUCCCCACCCAGAGGCUCGUAAUGGUUGGAAGAAUGAUUGGGUUUCAUGGGAAGAUUUCAUCAAGAGUGGUCAAGAAGCACGGCUUGGACAUGACGAUACUGGUGAAAUAAAGUGGGCGAGGCAGUCCUUCGACCACCCUCUCUGGGUAUUGUUCAGCUCAGGCACAACUGGUCGGUAA